GGUCAGCUAGCAUGUGUCUCUGUGCUAACGUUAGCAGAGUAAUGUUGUAGUUUUCUUUUCCUUCUUCGACUCUUGGAUGUGUGGAAAUGUCCGGCUUUGAGGAUCUUAAAGCUUUAUUCGGACGGAGGCUGCUCGCUGCGGUUAUCAGAGACCUGAGAGGACGAGAAACCAGAUCUGAAUACGAAGAGGAGCUCCACCGCCAGAGGAAGCUGCUGGAUGUGAUUUUAAUCCCUGAGAUAAAGCUGCACAGAGCAGUGCUUCCUGCAGAUGCCCAGCAGCUGUUGGUGAUUAAAGAAGAGAGCCCCCAGGAGGACACUGAGCCCCCACUCAUUAAAGAGGAACAGGAGGAACUGUGGAUCAGUCAGGAGAGAGAGCAGUUUCAAGGACUGGAGGAGGCUGACACCAAGUUCCUCUUCAGUUCUGCCUCUGUGAAGAGUGAAGAUGAUGAAGAGAAACCUCAGUCCUCACAGCUUCAUGAGAGACAAAAUGAAGAGAUGGACACAGGAGCUGAUGGAGAGGACUGUGGAGGGGCAGAGCCAGCCAGGAUCUCAGAUCCAGAGACACAUUUACAACCAGAGACUGAGGCCAAGACUGUAGAGAGUUCUGGAGGAGAGACUGAUGACAGUGAUGAUUGGAGGGAGACCGGAGAACAUCAGUCAGGUUCAAACUCUGAAAAAAUAAAUAAAAAUAAGAGACCAAAUAGUAGGAAAUCACACAGCUGCUCUGUGUGUGGUAAAACAUUCAACGCAGUAAGCCACCUGACACAACAUGCAAGAAUUCACACAGGAGAGAAACCUUUCAGCUGCUCUAAGUGCAAUAAAGGUUUUUAUCAGAGAGGAAAUCUGAACAAACACAUGAGGAGUCACACAGGGGAGAAACCCUUCAGCUGCUCUGAGUGUGGCAAAACUUUACAAUCAAAACAGAGUUUGACAAACCACAUGAUGACUCACACAGGAGAGAAACCCUUCAGUUGCUCUGUUUGCUUUAAAAGAUUUACACAGAAAGGUAGCAUGGACUCUCACAUGAGAGCUCACAUGGAUGAAAACCCCUUCAGCUGCUCUGUUUGUGGUAAAAGAUUCCAAGCAAAACAUAGUCUCAAACUACACACAAGAACUCACACAGGAGAGAAACCCUUCGGCUGCUCUGUUUGUGGCAGAAGAUUCACACAUAAAUGUAAUAUGGACACUCACAUGAGGAUUCACACAGGAGACGAAACCUUCAGUUGUUCUAAGUGUGGUAAAACAUUUACAACAAGACGCUGUCUGACACUGCACAUGAGAACUCACUCAGGAGAGAAACCCUUCAGCUGCUCUGUUUGCAGCAAAAGUUUUACACAGAAAGUUCAUAUGGACACUCACAUGAGGAUUCACACAGGAGAGAAACCUUUCAGUUGCUCUGAGUGUGGCAAAAAAUUCAUCACGAAAUGUAAUAUGGACUUUCACAUGAGGAUUCACACAGGAGAUGAAACUUUCAGUUGCUCUGAGUGUGGUAAAACAUUUACAACAAAACGUUGUCUGACACUGCACAUGAGAACCCACUCAGGAGAGAAACCCUUCAGCUGCUCUGUUUGCAGCAAAAGAUUUGCACAGAAAGGUAAUAUGGACACUCACAUGAAGAUUCACACUGGAGAGAAACCCUUCAGUUGCACUGAAUGUGGUAAAACAUUCAUAACAAAAAAUCAGAUGGACACUCACAUGAGGAGUCACACAGGAGACAAGCCCUUUAGUUGCUCUGAGUGUGGUAAACCAUUAACAACAAAACGUUGUCUGAAACUGCACAUGAGAACUCACUCAGGAGAGAAACCCUUCAGCUGCUCUGUUUGCAGCAAAAGUUUUACACAGAAAGUUCAUAUGGACACUCACAUGAGGACUCACUCAGGAGAGAACCCCCUCAGCUGCUCUAUGUAUGUUAAAAAAAUAAAAAACAGUUCAAAGAGCAGCAUACAUAUGGAAACUCACAGAGGUGAGACAACAUACAGCUGCAGUGACUGUAAUCAGACAUUUGCUUUGCUAUUUCAGGUAAAAAGUCACAAAUGUGUUAGAGGUCAGGCUUCAGAGAUUCAUCAAAACCUGAGUGAAGAAAAAAGAGAAACAGAAACAGCAGCUGAUGGAGAGGACCAUAGAGGAGCAGAACCAGCCAGGAGUUCAGAUUCAAAGAGACAUUUACAACCAGAGAUAGAGGUUGAGAUCAAAGACUUUUCUGGAGCUGAGACUGAUGACAGUGAGGAUGAUUAGGAUAUCAGAUUUGAAAUAACCACAGGAUACUUGUCAUACAGCAAGGUUAAGUUUUCAGCAAAGAACUCUUAUCAACUUUGAACCAUUUGAAUAGAAGGAAACACAACAAACUUGUGCUCUAUGGAAAGAAUAAGUGCUCAGUGAAGACGUCCUUAAAGCUAGUUAAAUCUUUGUUGCGUCAAAAAGUCAACAGUGCAGACAUAUGGGCAGCAAGAAGCCAACAUUUACCAUAUAUGCCAUAAACAAGAGAGGAAAACUUUAUCUGAUUCUCUGUCCUGUUGUUACUGAUUUUAAUUGUUGAGUAUAAGAUUA